CGGACGUAGUGUACCAACGUUCCAGGAUCGCGCUGUGGGGGCAGCACGGGCGCACGUGGGGAGAGCCGCCAGUCUGGGCUCGCAGCGCGUCUGCCUGCCAGGGGGACGCUCCCUUCCCCCGCCAUGGCCCUGCUGCCCCGCAGCGCGCGGGACUUUGGCUCGGCCCAGUACUGGGAGCACUUCUUCCAGCAGCGCGGGCCGCGCGCCUUCGAGUGGUAUGGCGGCUACCUGGAGCUGUGCGCGGCGCUGCACAAGUACGUGCGACCCCGCGACAAGGUUCUUGUAGUGGGUUGUGGCAACUCCGAACUGAGCGAGCAGAUGUAUGACGUGGGCUACCAGGACAUUGUGAACGUAGACAUCAGCGAGGUUGUGAUAAAUCAGAUGAGGGAGCGGAAUGCCCACAGGAGGCCGAAGAUGAGCUACCUGUGGAUGGACAUGCUGCAGAUGGAUUUCCAGGAUGCCCAGUUCCAGGUGGUAUUGGACAAGGGCACCCUAGAUGCUAUCCUGGUUGAUGAAGAGGAGGCCACCCUCGAAAGGGUGGACAGGAUGUUUGCUGAGAUUAGCCGGGUGCUGCAGGUUGGAGGCCGCUACUUGUGUAUCUCCUUGGCCCAGGCCCAUGUGGUGAAGAAGGCGGUGGGCUACUUCUCCCAAGAAGGCUGGAUGGUGCGCGUUCACCAGGUCUUGGGCAGUGAGGACGGAGCGGCCAAGCAGCAGUUUGUUCUGCCCGUUUUUGUCUAUGUCAUGACCAAGUUCAAGAAGAUCCCAGGUUCGGUUCUUCAGAUCCUUGAGAUCUGCACUGAGGAGCAGGACAAGCCUGUGCGGGUGGAGAGUGCUGAGCAGCUGGUCGAGGCAGUAAAGGAGAGGCAGUUGUAUGCUCUGCUGCGCAGCCAGCUGAAUAAAAACCCCAGCGCAAGCCACGUCUCUCUCGAUCUGUGUGAUGCAGAUGCCGGGAAACCUCGGUACACUCUGCACGUGGUGGACAGCCCCUCAGUGAAAGCCUCCCGGAAUAAUCACUUCGCCAUCUUCAUCAUACCGCAGGGCAGAGAGACCGAGUGGCUCUUUGGGACGGAGGCGGGUCGGAAGCAGCUGGCUGCCAGCGCAGGUUUCAGGCGGCUGAUAACAGUGGCCCUGCACAGAGGUCAGCACUAUGAAGGGAUGGAAGGCAUCCAGGCAGAGCUGUCGGGGAAGGUGAUGGAGCUGGCGCCACCCGGCCUCCCAUCCCAGCAGCAGGUGCCGUUUCUCUCUGUAGGGGGGGACAUCGGGGUCCGUACCAUUCAGCACCAGGACACCAGCGCCAUGAGCGGGGAAUACCUCAUUGAGGACGUAAAAGGGGACAACAUGUGCUAUUUCCGGCGGCUCAUCUUCCUCAGCAACAGGAAUGUGGUGCAGUCGGAAGCCAGGUUGCUGUCCAGUGCAGCCCCUAGAGGCCAGAAGAAGCGGAAGAAGGACAAGAAGAAACAGGCAUCUGGCUCCACCAAGGCCCCCCCAACAUCAGCUUGCCAGGCCAUUGACAGGAGCUACCUCUGCUGUGAACACCAUAAGGCCAUGGUUGCGGGACUGGCUCUGCUGAGAAACCCUGAGCUUCUACCAGGAGCCCAGCUCUCGGUGCUGGUGAUCGGGCUGGGCGGGGGCAGCCUGCCUCUCUUCAUCCACGACUAUUUCUGCCAGUCCCGCGUCGAGGCGGUUGAAAUCGACCCCUCCAUGCUGGAGGUGGCUACCCGGUGGUUCGGCUUUUCCCAAGGCGACAGGAUGAAGGUUCACAUCUCGGAUGGCCUGGACUACGUGGCCAAGCUGGCAGCAUCGGCGGCACCAGCCCGGUACGAUGCUGUCAUGUUCGAUGUAGACAGCAAGGAUCCCACCCUGGGAAUGAGCUGCCCGCCCCCAGCCUUUGUGGAAACGUCCUUCCUGCAGAAGGUUAGAACCAUCCUGGCACCGGAAGGUGUUUUUGUGCUCAAUCUGGUGUGCCGAGACUCCCUGCUCAAAGACUCAGUUCUGGCUGCCCUCAAGGAGGUCUUCCCUCUGCUGUACGCCCGGAGGAUCGAGGGGGAGGUCAACGAAAUCCUGUUCUGCCAGCCGCACCCUGAGGGGAAGCUGGCUGCCCCAGAGCUCCUGGAGACAGCUAGGACUCUGGAGAGGACGCUGAGGAGGCCCGGCCAAGCGUGGGAUAGCUCCUAUGUUCUGUCGGACAUGCUGAAGGCAGUGGAGAUCGUGUGAGGGUUACCCGCCUCGUCUGGGUUACCCGCCUGUGCUCUCGAUUUGGAGAGAGGAGCUGAAUGCAGUUGUGCCGUCUGACUGUAAACACUGCAAGUGAAUAACGGUGCCCUCCAGCGCCUCACAUAUGUGCUCCUCCCGGCUGCUAGGGCCGGAAUGGUGCCCCUCAAGCAGCCUGUCCGAGGGGAGGUGGGAUCCUGGGAGGGAAAGCCUCCCUCUGGGGAAAAAGGGAGGCUGCCAGCCAUAGUGAAAGGAGUGGGGCGACCCCUGCGCUCCCCAAAAGGGUCUCAAGGCAACGGCCAAUGGUGUGAGAAGUUCUGUUCCUUCUCCGAGUGGCUGAGAGCCAGCUGAUUAGGGGAAUGGGGCCUGGUCUAGCUCUACUCCUUCGGCUCCUUAUUGCUGUGGAGUCCAGUCCCCUGGGCACCAGCGCCGGAUGUUUGCCGCGGGAGCCUUCCCCGCUCUCUGCUUUUAAAAUAAAGGUAUUUUUCCUUGGCAGAUGUAGAAUUGGGGAAGCAGGGCCUUGGGUGUGGAGUGGGAGGCCAGCAUGAAGGGUGGGAGGUGAGGGCCAAAGCUGGUAGGCUGGGGAAAAGUGAGGAAGUCCAUCUUACAACAGGGGGCUGCCUGGGUCUGUGACUGACCCCCAAUCCCACCUGUCUCCUGUGUCUGUCCACCUGACUCACCUAUAUGCAGUCUUGUCACUAGCCCUGCCUGCCAUUUGUACGCUCUCACCCCAGCUCUCCCUUCAGGUGAAUAGGUGGGAUCUGAGGAAGAGCUAGGCCCAGCUCUGAUCUCCACUGGCCUGCAUGGCUCUUUCUCACUGAGGUCAGAGGGAGUCCCUGCUCUGUAAGGAUGUUAGAAUUGGGUCCUGGGUGGAUCUGUUUGUACUGCAGUGGCUACAACCCCAGAGCAUGUGGUGAACAUCUGAUGUGUCUUUAAAAAUGCUCUCAGCUAGCACCGGUAUGUCCUCCUGUGUCGUCCUCAGACUGUCAAAAAGCUUAUAUUCUUCCUGGAUCAGUGUCAUACUGCAGCUACCUCUGGGCUAGAGCAUAGCUAGGUUGAACAGUCCAUAGCAACCUUAAUGGUGUUUUGUGUGAUGAGACAUGGAGAACUCAGUGUGCUGAACUAGGAUGGCCUGAAUGUAAACACUUGCCUUGUCACAUCAACCCACGCUGGCUCUUCCUCCUAGGAACAGUGCUCAAUGAUGGUCCUUUGUCUGAGCACUCGGGGCUUUGUCUUUGCAUUGCUCCUAAAACUUGGCCCUUCUUCCAGCACAGCAGCUGGCUCAGUGCAGCUGCUGCAGGAGGGAUGUCACUGCCUGAAUUAGCACCAUGCUUCCUGCUGCACAAGUGCUAUGCCUGGGGGUGUAUCCUAUCCAGGUGUGAAACAGACUCAGCACUGCUGGCCCUUGGAGAUCUGCCCAGGUCAAAGCCUAUGGGGCUGGGGCUGCAGGCAGAUGUGACUUGGGAGUGGAAAUUGUGCCCCUGUAGCCCUGAGAAACAGACACAACAAAAUUAAUUUCCCUUAGGCUACAUCUACACUACGGGGGGAGUCGAUUUAAGAUACGCAAAUUCAGCUAUGUGAAUAGCAUAGCUGAAUUCGACGUAUCGCAGCCGACUUACCCCGCUGUGAGGACGGCGGCAAAAUCGACCUCUGCGGCUUCCUGUCGACGGCACUUACUCCCACCUCCGUUGGUGGAGUAAGAGCGUCGAUUCGGGGAUCAAUUGUCGCGUCCCACUGGGACGCAAUAAAUCGAUCCGCGGGAGGUCGAUUUCUACCCGUCGAUUCAGGCGGGUAGUGUAGACCCAGCCUUAGUACUAAAGACAAAACUCAAAUAGCACCAAGUGGCCAGGCCCAGGGACCUGCAAGCCUUACCCCAGCAUGCUGUGCUGUUGGUCGGCUCUCUGGUCCACCUUAAGGCAUCCCUCAGAAGGAGGUGGGUGCUUGAUGAAGGACCUCUAGGCUACAACUGCCACCUAGCCCCACAUCAGCCCAGCACCCAGUCAUUCCUCUGCGAAUGCUGCUAGAGCCCAUGGCACUCGCUCCCAUUGUCUGUCAGCCCCUUCCUGCCAGCAUCAAUACUGCCUCCCCCUCAGGGGCUGUUCCUACCAUCCUAGGCCCCAAGCCGGGAUGCCAGGUGUGAUUGGUUAAGGCCUCGGCACCAGCCCAAAUGCCAUUUUGCAUAGACCUCUCAUAGACUCAGGUGCCACCUGCCACUUCUGCCCUAGGCCUCUGGAGCUUUCACCUCUGUGAGAAAGGAGGGUAUCUAGCCACCAGCCCUGAGACUGACCCCUCUGCGUUAAUACUGGAGGGGGGGGGGUGCUGGCCUGACCCCUGCAGAAGUGGGGCAAUGGCCUCUCCAGCAGAAGGGAUGGGCUUCAGGGAAGCAGAAGUGAACUCUUUCUGGGGAACAGCUGAUGGAAGGUGGGGGGGAGGGAACCAAUGGGGGACUCCAGCACUACUGCGUGGGCAGUGCUCUAAGAGAGCAGAGGCAUCAGUGGGUGUUACCAGCUGGUAACUGAUUGGAUCACCGUAUGCAUAGCCAAGGCUCUGUGCACACAGAGUCCCUGUGGCCACCUCCCUCCAGGAGCGAGAGUCAGCUAGCGUCAAGAAGAGGUGCCCAGGACUGAGUGAAGUGACUGAAUAAAAAGGUGAGGGGAAAGUGCAGCCAAAAAAUGAGCAGCAGAUUCUGGAGAGGGUGUUGCGGGGGUUGGGGGGCUGCUGGAUGGCGAUGACCAUCUGAGCCUCCCUCUCGCCAUAGUCCUUCCUUUGCCUUGCAGGUUAACAACAGAUGCACCUGAGUCCCUUUGAAUUGUUCCCCUGCGCUAUCCAUACCUGGACAUGCUACUCUCAGAAAUCCCAGAUCCUCUGCCCCCAAAGGAGCCCUGUAGCCCAGUUUGCCAGUUUUACCUCAAACCACUGCUCCUGUAUAAUACACAGCACUUGUGAGCACUUAGAAUAAAGCCAAAGUAGGUUUAUUUGGAAAGAACAGAGAGUUAACAGAAACGAGAGUGCUGGUUACAAUACAAACCAAAACAGGCACUUCUCAAUAGUUCCCUUUCCUUUCUAAAAAAGUUGGUUCUCCCCUCCACCCCCCUCAAGCACACUCUCAAUAUCCAUUAUUCCUUAACUAUUACCCAUACAGACAUCUCUCAAUGGUUAUGAAUCUUGACAAAAUUAUGAGCUUUCUGUAGCUACCUGACAUGUUAUGCUUUAUGGAUAAAUAUUCUGUAAGACA